CUGUGGCAGAGAGACAGCUGCUCCGAUCGAAGGACGAUGAACAGGAGAGGGGAGUGGGGAAGGAAGAGAGGGAGAAAGAGAAAUACAUAUAGGCAGCCGAAGCAAAGGGAGAACACCAUAAACAUAUUAGAUCGGAUUGGUGCUGCUUUCUCCUGUGUCUACUCAAGCCUACUGGAUGGAAACAUGUUAUAAUACGGUCAGGCUGUUAUCAAAUCAUCACUUUAAUUGUUGUUUUUUAUUACGCGUGUUUAUCGUGGUGCAUCACAAACCGAAAAGAUCGGAAUUUUGGCGCCGUACACCGACGCGACAUCAGUGACAGUGUAAAUGGUUAUGUUAGCUAAGCGUACUGUUCGUACGCAUUUUAUCGAAUAUGUUCUCAUAAUUUAUUGUUUUUGGUCUCUUUGUUACACAAUUAUUCGAACUUUCUGUCGAAACUGUGAUUACAGUGAAUACCUCAUAUCAGCAAUAACGUGGAGUCAAGGUUAUAUCCUGUGCGUCUUUUUCGCUGUAUUGUCAAAAUCAGCUGCCAUUGCUAUAGCGUGCGAUUCUACUUGUUCAUUUCGGUUUUCCUUUUUUUUUAUAACUUGAGCUAGACUCAUCAUACUCGAAAUUUCAUUCAGAAUUAACAAUUUGUGUUAUGUUUACUCUUUUGAAACCAUACGCGGCAAGUUGAUGCUUCAUUUAUAACAAGCGGCUUUGGAGAUUGAUAUCGAAUUAUAUACUUGUCUAAUAAGAAAAUAUAAUUGAAAUAAAGUAUAUUUGUUAAUUCCCACUGAGAAAAACAGGAGGGAAGAGAUUUUCUGCAAGAAGAAAAAUACGGAAAAUAGAAGUGAGGGUUAAGUGUUAUAGUAAAUGCAGUGGUUGAAGCAGAGAUGGACCCAUCAAUGUUUGUUACAUAUACCCCUCAAACGAAUGGAGUUCCACUGGAGUCCAAACUUGCUACCUACAUGAAUCGUCAAAGUCCUGGAGUAACUUUAAGUACCACCACUAUUACCAAACAUUUGUCAAAUCUUUCUCUGGAUUCACAGAAAAAGGUAACUGCCAGUCCAGAAUUUGUACCAGGAAGAGGUCUUACUAAUAGCAACAGUAGUUCUCCAAAUCUUUUCAAUAAUUCUUAUCAUUCACAAGAAAAUGUGGGUGGUACUACCUAUUUUUAUCUUGGAAAUGCAGUAACAGAUACUGUUGGAACAGAAGAUGGAACUGAAACUAUUGGAAAUGUGGGGGCAAGUCAGAUAGGCUAUGUUUAUCCAGGAACUCCCGCACAUCUCCAACCAGUAAAACCUACAAAACCUCCAUCAUCUAAUAGUUCUUCUGCUCCCUCAACCCCACCUCCUCAAGCAGCACUUAGUUUCUUUGUUAGUGAAAGUUUAAGAAUGGACAUUCUUCAAAAAAAUGCUUUAACGUUAGCACAACCUGAUAUAGUACGAUUUCCCGAUCUACCAAACGAAGUAGAUAAUUAUCAUGAGUUGUGCCCAUUGGAACCAAUUCAUAAACCUGCAUCAACAAUUCUUGGAUAUCAAACAUCAACUUACAAAGCUACUAGUAUUAAAAGUGGUACACGUUAUUGUUUACGACGUAUACACGAUUUCAGACUUGCUAACACAAAAUGUAUGGUGCUGGUUGAUAUGUGGAAACGCUUAUCACAUACAAAUUUGGUGCAAUUAAGAGAAGUUUUUACUACCAAGGCUUUCGGUGAUAACUCCAUGAUAUUUGUUUACGAUUAUCAUCCCGGAUCGGAAACAUUAUUAACCAAGCAUUUCUCAGCAACCGAAUUAAAUGGUUAUACAGAUCCAUUUUCCUCAGAUCCAAAUGCGCCUCGACCCUAUAGCCACACUAAGAAUACCAUUUUGAGGCAACAGCAUAGUAGUAUGCUACCAGAAAGUGUUAUAUGGAGCUAUAUAAUUCAACUCACUGCCGCUCUUCGUGUUAUUCAUGCUGCUGGGUUGGCGUACAGAUGUUUAGAUCCUACAAAAGUAUUACUCACAUCGCGAACAAGACUUCGUUUAAGUUGUGCAGCUAUACCAGAUGUUGUUACUUAUGAUGGAAGCUCAUCAAAUCCACUUUCACUUAUACCACACUACCAACAAGAAGAUUUAAUUGCUUUAGGAAAGUUGGUGUUGGCAUUAGCAUGUCGCAGUCUCCUUGCCGUCCAUCGCGACAACAUGCAAGCUUCUCUUGAACUCGUCGCACGUUCCUAUUCUACGGAUCUUCGAAAUCUUAUUCUGUAUUUACUGUCUAAUCAAGCACGAAAAAGUGUAACAGAUCUCAUGCCAAUGAUUGGAGCACGAUUUUAUACACAAUUAGAUGCAGCUCAACUCCGAUCCGAUGUAUUAGAAAACGAACUUGCCAAGGAGUUGGAAAAUGGAAGAUUAUUUAAAUUACUUGUAAAAUUGGCUACUAUUAACGAAAGACCUGAGCUUAAUAUGGAACCUACUUGGGCAGAGACGGGUGAUCGAUAUAUGCUCAAAUUGUUUAGGGAUUAUGUUUUCCAUCAGGUAGCAGCUGAUGGAAGACCAUGGUUAGAUAUGGCACAUGUCGUAUCUUGUUUAAACAAGUUGGACUCAGGUUCUCAGGAUAAAAUAUGUUUGAUGUCACGGGACGAGCAGAGUGUAUUAGUCGUAAGUUAUGCAGAAUUACGACAAUGUUUGGAAACCUCAUUUGGAGAAUUGGUACAAUCUGCGAAAGAAACUGUUUAGGUCUGUGUCACACUUUUUUUUUAAACUGACCAAACAGUACAUACUCCGAACCAUAAAUGUGAUAUCACCAUUUAGCGGUACUAUCAUUAUAAUCUUUAUCAAGACAUAGAUCAAUCAAUGAAAAUCGACCGAUUUAAGUUUGGUGAUAAAAAAAUAGUACGUGAACCAGUAUGUAAGCAUGAUUUCAAGUGUUGAAAUAUUACAUAUGUGCAAAAUACAUUCUGGUACCGUCAUUUGAAUGUAAUAUAUGUGUGCAAGAAAAUCAUGUGAUGUAAAUCAGAAAAUGUUUGAUUUUGCUGUGAAAGCUAUUACGGUACUACACAAACAGACAAAAAAUUGUACACAACUUAAUAAUGCAAUGAAUUCUUAAGAAAUCUUAAGAAAAGACACCUAAACACAGUCAGUGUAUAGGAUAGAUCUUAGUUUUUAGGAUACAGCUGGUAAGCAUUAAUUUUGAAAUAAAUGUUUAUUUUUGAAAGCAAUCUUAA